UUCCCACGCAAUACCGUUGCCUAGGCAACAUAACAACAAACAAAUGUAACCAAUCUGAUGUAGGAUCAAACUGCAAAACUCUAUGUGUUAACAUAUAUUUGUGUAUAAAGUACUUCUCACGUGUAACAAGAUGCAGAGAUAAUUUUGUUUAAACGUUGUAUAAUCCUUGAGAGUAUGACAGGAUGCCUUUGUUCUCUAAUAAAUUUUCUCCCAAAAAGACACCAACUAGGAAGGCAUCGGUUUUCUUAGCGAAUAAAAAUGUAAGUCCUAAACGGAUAGAGAAGGAACUUGGCCCAGAAGUAGGCCCUAUACGUCUUCGACUUGGAGAUCAAGAGGCUGUCUUUGAGUCUGGCCUCUGGAUUCCAGAAUCUGGCAAAGUAGGCAGUACCUUUAAAGAAAAUGAGAAACUGAAAAAGGAAGUGAAAAGAUUGGAAGAGGAGAACAACUUGUUGAAAUUGAAGUUUGAUGUACUAUUAGACAUGUUAACUCAGACAACAGCCAAGAUUCACUUACAAAAAGAAGAAUUGGAGAAAUUGAAGAAUUUCUCUCAUAAAAGACUUGUGGCCUAGUCCAAUAAAUAUAAUUAUCUGUGCUUAGAAAUCCAACAGUAUUUAUAAGAUAAUACCAAUUUAUUCAGAAAAUCCAAGUCAAGUUUUAACAGAUAAGGGCGUUGCUUCCUCUUGAUAUCACUUUUCUUCUUUACAAAGUAACAGUCAAUCACACUAUGAAACUGUACAUUAUUUACAACACUGUAUCGAGGAAAAUUGAUUCAUCAGUCC